AGAUUUAAUGCUUUCACAGGAAAAUGCGAUGUUCCCCUCGGUGUCGAAAGUGGCCGUAUUUCGGAUCAUCAACUCACGGCGUUUUCACAAUACGAGAACGAUUAUAGGUUUGGAGCCCAUCGAGCAAGGCUCAGACUAAACUCAUGGCCGCCGGGUUAUAGAGCUGACAAAACUAUCCUUGGUGACACAGAACAAUUUCGCUGGAUUAAAAUCGAUUUGGGGAGGGAACAAAUUGUUACUGGAAUAGCGACUCAGGGUUAUGGGAACGCUUCGGUUUCAGAAUGGAUUACCAGGUAUAAAUUAAUGUACGCUACCAAGAACGAGAUCUUGGAGUUUGUGAACAAUGACGGAGAAGUAAUGGUAAGUUUUUUUUGCCAGAAUAUCGAAAGACUUUCGUGUUACAAGAGUUUAGAUGUAAUUUCAGAAAAUAAGACAGUCGCGAGCCUUUUUUACAGGAAUUUUUGAAUACGUCGUUUCCCCACUUUGUUAGAGCCUUGGGACAUUACACUUGUUAGAGAUAGAGUUACCCCGAGGCUCUAACUAAAUUGUUCACGCGAAUUCGUCACUUGUAACAAAAAGUAUACAAUCAGCUAUAUCCUGUGGUUACGUUUGUAACUCUCGGCCUUCUUAGUAGUAUAUCGCAUUUCACUGAAAAGUGAACAUCAUUAUUCAUUCUUCAAUUGUUUAUUUAUUUUCAAAUCUCUAAGAUAAUCUAUGUAUGAAUAAUAUGGAAAUUUCUAUUGUUAUUAUAAAGAAUAAUGCUGCAAACUUUUAUAAGGUAACGAUCUUGGAAAAAAUGUUAUCUUGAGACCUUGUGAUUCACAUCCCUGUACUUUACUCUGGUACCAAAUUUCACAUGUAGUUUAUUGACUGAGCUGUAUAUUUUUUUUUUUACUUCGUACUCAGUUGCAGAGAAAGUAAACAUGACAACGUUUGUUAAGCUUGCCAAAUCAAACCCCAUAAUUCACAGCAAUGUUUAGAGUAAAUUUUGUUUUAGUCACCCAACAACAUUUUACGAAAUCAUAAAAAAAAAAUACUUUUCCUUAUCCUUUUCCUUUCCUAUUUCAAGUUCAGACCUAAAAAAAAAUGUUAAGCGAAAAAUCCGAAGCAAUCUCGAUGUGUUUUGAUAACAUCGCAAACAAUGCGGCGCAUGAACAACUUCCAGAACGACGUGAUUACCAACGUGACGAUUCCGCCUCGGUUAUUAGCUCCGUCAAUCCUGACAAGCUCUUUUUCUUUCAAAUGGGAGAUACAGUCCAGACAAAUAGGAUCCUUAUUUGUUGCUGGAAUAAUUAAAAAUAAACGCAUGAGGUCGCCAUUAUCUCGCCAAAAAUAUUUGGAUUACUUAAACAAUACGUCUGGACACAGUCUGAUUCCAAUUAUAACGAAAAAACCCUCGUUUUUAAAGGACUUCAAGUAUGCAUCUUUAUCUAAAUGUUUACCUGUGGUGUGUGCGGUUUAGUUCGACAAACCACACUGAGGAUUAGUUACAUAUGUUUUGGAGUGUAGAUAUUUAGAUCUGUUAUAGCAUCGCAAUAGGGUACCGUUGACGUUACGAAUAGCUAGUUCUCAGGGCAAAAGAAACGAAUGAUAACGAAGCUUUUGUCUUCAGAAAAAGUGCAUAUUUUUUUUCACCAAAAUGAAUUUAAUAAAAAUAGAUUGGUGCGAAAUAGUUCAGUUGUGGUUCCAUAGUUGUCUACUUAUAAAUUCCUAGCAUAAACAAGGACCAUUUUUUGUGCGGUUUUGUGUAUUUUUUCAAAGAUACACGAGCAGGUUUCUACCACAAGAAGAACACGCGCGCAAUAUACUGGCUCCUGGUUAGGGUGCCAAAUUUGAAUGAUUCGAACAGACAAACGUAGUCGACGAAACUCGGAUCCAUCUCAAAUGUAUCAAGCAUAGUUUAAGUAUGAUUACAGAAAUAACUUCGCUCAAAGCUAUCGCUCUUUGUAAUGUCCAGUUGGCGAGGGCGAAAUAUCAGAAGCUACAUAGACAAAACAUUUUUCUUUUUCUGCUCAUCCAACUGCAAGACAUGCGAGUUUUAAAAUACCAUUGAUUUGCCCUUCGCUCAAUUUCUUUUAUUACUCGACAGCCCUUGUUUGAAUAAACCUUUCGAAUUCAUGAAUCUUUCAUUUGUCUGGAAAGCCCGGAAUCGAUAUUGUUAUGCUAGGAAGCUGGAGACCAAUAUCCUUUAUUGAUCAUUACUUUUAAUUAGAAAAAUUUAAACAAAUCAUUAACGAGCUGUUGUAUUUCCAAGGAAAGGCCCAUCACUCCCUUUUCACAUUUCAUUUAGAAAAAUAAAACACCUCACUGCAAUCACAGGAAAUGGUACACAUCGAAGGUAGUUCUGGGUAAUAAUAGACUACUCUAGUACAUCAUCCAAUCUGACGAGAUCUUUUACAUAAACAAGAUCUGUAGUGUCCCUUUUAGAGAGACAGAUUUAGAUAGGCUUUCCUACUAAUUUCUCUAUAAAUCGUAGAUAAGAAAACUUAUGUGUGUUCGUGUUUUGUUUGGCUGUUUAAAUGCCCCAGUGAUCAGGGUAGAAUGAUUUUGAAUAUCAUUGAUACAUAAGUGAUUAUCAUGAGUAAUUCUAAAUUACAAUCUCUUUUUUUUUCACAGAUAUUCAAAGGAAAUAAUGACAGCAACGGAAUAGUAAAACACGACUUAGCAGUUCCCAGGAUUACAUCGAGUAUACUUUUGAUACCUCGUAAUUGGACGGACAACAUUGGACUUAGAAUGGAAAUUUAUGGCUGCGAACCAAGUGAGAAAAUAGUGUAAUCUAGUAUUAUCAACUGAGUUAAUAACGUAAAUUGGCCACCGUAAAGAGUAUAAAAUCUGACGUUUCGAGCGCUAGCCCUUCGUCGAUCACUCUGACGAAGCUACUUCAAGGUUUGCUGGCAUCUAGAAGAAAAAUUACCGAAGUUUUCAAACCCGUUAUUUGCGAUCACCACCAGAAUAAACCUUCCUAGUUCCUGUUUGGUUUAAUUGUAGCUCUUUGAUGGUUUUCUUAACUAGGAAAUGAUUAUUUAAAGUUGUUACAAAUUCAUGUAUAAGAGUCAAUUUUGAAUAGAUAUACAGUGACCUUAAGGGUUAGAAGUAUUCUACGCAGUGCUUUAAGGAAAAAAAAUAAAAUGAAAAUAACAAGUUCUAAUUUAUCUUUCCAAUCACAUUUGUGAUUUCUGCCCCGCUUAAGUCAGUGUUCAACUCAUGUUUGGUUGUUCUGGAGCCUCGUACUGAUUAUUUCAAGGUGCGAAACUUUCCCUUUACUCAAAGCAUUAUGAGGUAAACUAUAGCUCUUAAUUCACUUCUAAAUAUGUGCGAUCAACGCAAUGAUCACGCAAGGGUGAAAUAAAUAACUAAUAUUCCUGUGUGCUCGAUCGAAUGGCUGUUUAAUGGAUCGUUACUCUUUCAUUUUAUUAUAGCAUAUUAUUUCAAAGUGUGGUUGAUGUUUCAUAAUAUUUCAUUCGUCUACAACUACUUAAAUACUUCCAGUGAUGAAUACAUACAAGAAGCGUUCAAAGCGACGGGUGAGGUGAGUACAGAGAAUUUCUGAAGUUACCCAUAUUGGCUUACACUUCUGUAGCUUUCAGAGAGAGAGAGAGAAAGAGAGGAAGAGAGAGAGCGAAAGAGAGGGGGAGGCAUCAUGAAUGUCAAAUGUCUUGCAAAAUAAUUUACACUCUGACCCUGCCAUUCAGCGGAGGUCCACGAGUAAGGAAAACAUACACGAGGACUUAUGUGUUGAUUAUAUGUCCUUCGUCUCCCAAGAUCCUAACUAAAGGCAAAUAUAGUCACUUGCUGCCUCCUCUCUUGCCACUUACCCUUAUCCUGCUGGCUAGAAAGCCCUCCAUUUUGAACAAAGACUGAAAUUUAACUACAUUUCAAAUGGGUUCAGAGAGGGCCAAAUUUAUUAUUUAGUUUCUGUUUUAGAUUCAAAGGUAUUUUGAAAACGUGGGAGGAUAUCUCUACAACAGAGUCUUGAGAUUGAGGUAAAGGUGUUUUUUGUUCAUGAGUUUAUGAUGAAAAUGCCCCUAGUAUAAUGCCUCUUGUAUGGAUGGCUUCAUACACCGAGUGACACAAUUGUGAUCACUAUACCACCUUUCCGAUUACCUAUGACCGUUAUUUUAGGAAUGUUGGGUUUAUAGCUCCUAUUUUUAUGCCUUUUUUCUCUCUAGUCCUCAACCGUCACCACAGAUAACGACAUCUGCCACAGCAGAGGUUGCAAUUUACUGCAUAGAAACCAGCGUUCAUCGUGUUACAGCCAAACUUAGGGCUUUCGUUCACGAAUCUAGCAUUUUCCACCCAGAUUAUCUAAAGAUAAGACAACCAAGUAAGUCCCCACCAAACCUCAUCGAAUAAAUAAUAGCCUUCAAGUGGCAGUAUGAAGUUCUGAGAAUGAUUUGAGUAAAAAUAAUGAAGCAACUCAAGUAAAAUUGAUGUCAAUUGAUUGCUGAAACUUUAGUUAAUUAUAUCUUGAUAAGAAGUAUUCCAACCGAUUGAAAUGUGUUUAAUUGAAUGUCAUAAAACACAAGUACCAAUCAGAAGUAAGAAAGCAGAAAGAGCUGAAAAUUAGAGCUAAACCACCUGAAGCACAGGAAAUCGCAAAUAACGAAGUCACGACUGCUUUCAGUCUUGUGUUGAGAAAGUGGUGUGAGUUUUCUAGACCAGUCACAUAGCGAAGUACUGAAAAAAGCUAGAAUUUUAAAAAAAAUUUCUGAAAAUUUAAUUCAUCCUUAACCUGAAUGAUUUUGCCAAUAAUUGCAAUCUAUGAUCUUUCGCCGUCGAAAAGUUAUUACCAGUGUCACAGAUAUACUCCUCUCUCUUUCGAUGGUUUUUCCUAUGUCUACAAUCAGUUAUUAUCCAUGAUGUUUCAAAUCCCUUACCUUAACUUUAAUUUUGAUGUCUUACUGUGAGUAACAUGCCCGUUUUCUCUUCCAUUUCAGUCACCUGCAACUGCAAUCCUCCAGUGGUUGAUCUGCACCUCAAGCAUCGUAUCCUUGAGUCAGAUAUUAUAUGGUCAUCUGACAAAGACUUUGUUUUAAAACCAAAAGUCUCAAUAAAUUGUUCCUCACCGAUCCAGACAAAAUACCGUUGGACUUUUUUCAAAAUUGAUCGGGAAACCAGUUAUUUCUCGCCAUUUAUGCCAUUCGGCCUUAAAGACCAACCCAUGGUCAUGCUACGACCAAGGCUUUUUGGACCCGGAGAAUUUUACGUCUCAGUGGAUGUAUCAUUCACAAACAAUAUCACAGACACAUCCGCUGACGAUUUCGGGUUCUUCAGAGUCCAAAUGCCAGUUUUAACGGCAAAAAUAGUGGCACCAUCGUCAAUAAAAAGAGACGCAGGGAAUAUUACGAUUGAUGGCUCCGGCUCACACGACACAGAGUACCCACAGGAUCAGUCUAAAGGAUUAACGUUUUUUUGGCAGUGCAGAAGGCUUUGCCAAGAAGCUCCAAUAACGCCAUGUUUUGAUGCUGAUUCCAAUUUCUUCAGUGAAAGAUUUACAAUUGAUGCCUCUUCUCUAAAGCCAAAAUGUACUUACGAAUUUAACCUGACUGUGACAAGAGAGCCGAGGAUAUCGAGAGCAAGUCAUAGGCUAUAUAUUGAGCCUACAAUACAGUUCUCUGUUGUGUAAGUUUAAUCAUGUCGAUGUACUUGCGUUUUAUUUUUUGUUUUAUUCAAUUAUUUGCUCUUUUAUCAGCCUAUAUUUCCAUUUAUUUUUGCAAUUUUAAUUUGAUCGGUUUGUACAAGCAUUAAUGCUCUUACAUGUAAAUGCGUUUGCCGACGUCAAUUUGACUUUUCGAUGUUUCGUUUUAUUUACUUAAUGUUUUUUAAAUCAUUCCUUUGUAACAGUUCUAAGCCGAGGCCUCCUCGAUAAUAACUUCGGCCCACUAAGCAUAUGUUCGGUGAAUAAUUAUUCGAUGUAUUCAAAUGAUUCGCCAAAAUUUGUUACUCAACAAUCCUCCUCGAAAAAUUCGUGUUGUUUAACUGGUAAUCUUCUAUUGACCGCUGCCAGAUCAUAGUUUUGGUUCAUUUCAUUGCAUUACAUUGCGUAGGUAUGCAUAUUUAUGUUACCCCAACACAAUCUGAUCGAGAACCGUAAAUAUUUGAAAAAAGCAAUCACUCGAUCGGCAAUUUAACUGAUGGAACUACUGUAUAUUGACCCAUUUUCAUCUCUUUCUUUUAAUUUUUGGUUUUUUUUCCUUUGAAAUUUUGUAUUUGGUUAUUCGUUUGUAAAAUUUCUGUUUUACUUCGUUUGUUCGUUUGUUUUGCGUAAUAGAUGCGUCAUUAAUUGUGGACGGAAGGUCAGUGUUAAAAGACUCUUCUCCCUUCGUGUGGUUUGCGGUAAAGAAGAAUGCGCGUCAUUAGCGACUUUCUCCUGGAUGAUUUUCUCAGAAGACGACCAAGGAACCCUCACCAGGCUUGGUAUAAAAAUCCCAAGUGACUCUAUAGAAACUUUUGCAAACAUGACACAAUUGAAUAUACUUAAACUUGAAAAUCUUUUUGAAGUCAAAGACGGGCAAAAAUUUCAAGUUAGGGUCACAGCCAAUCCGUACAAGAGUCAUUUUGAAGAACAAGCACACCAUACAUUUAUCGUCAACGCUCCGCCGACAAACUCCGAAGUGCAAAGAAAAGACAAAGGUUGUCAGGUGAAGCCUAAAGAAGGUUUUGCAAUUGUUACGGACUUUUACAUCACGUGUUUGGGUUGGUAUGACAAAGAUGUUCCGCUUCGUUAUGCUUUUAUGUAUACGUUCGACUCCAGCACAAUUCUCAUUCAAGAGGGAAAUGUGGGAAACGUGACAAGUAAGCUCCCUGUGGGGGAUCCUAAUAAAGGCUAUGAGCGUCUUGUCGACCUGAAGAUUUUCGAUGCUUAUGGGGAUUUUACUUCUUUGCCCAAGAAAAUCAAGGUAAAAUGAGUUAAAUUCAAACAGACAUUCAAACAAGAUGGUAUAAUUGGUGUUAUUUCUGUUCAGUCCGGUUAAAUAGCUAGAGUCAUUUUCAAAUGUCAUUUAGUUGAGUAACCCUCUUGUUGCUGCAUAUACUGUUGGCUGCUUUCGCUUUCUUUGAAUGACAUUGAUACAACGAUUGGCCUUAAUUUAGAGAUAUGAUUUCAGAACCUUUUUUACCCUCUGUCAGUCUGUCAGUCCAUAUAAGAAUUCGCUGCAAACGAAUUUGCUAAACGCUUUGUUAAGAGCGUGGCCAUUGUUAAUUAUUGCUAUUGUUCACUUUAUGUCACCUUGGGAUUUACUUUACGCAUCCAACCGUUUGAUUGACAGCAGCUGAAAUCUGCAAAGAGACUCAUGUAUUCCCAAAGCUUUACCUGCUGACCAAUCACAACCGACUAGUUCAGGAUAUGCAAAUUAUUAUGCUGCCCACUGAUUAAAUGGGCACUGCAAGUACAUGUCGCGAAAGACAAUAGCAUUCUGGGCGAUGUUCAAUACAUACCAAAUCGCAUGACCAGCUUGAAGAAAAAAAUUGUUUAGCUGCCCAUCAGGACCCAGUUUUUUGAAGGGUGGAUAAAUCUCUAUCCGGUAGAUAGCGAUUCAUCUCCCCUUUGAACAACUACGCGGAGGUUAAAGCAGAGUAUAUCCAUGUGAACAUAAUCUUAUAUUCUCUUCUCAGCGCUUUAAUUAAACGUGUCAUACUUCUUUCUUUCGGUUUUUAGGUGAGGCCGCCGCCUGCUUCGGAGAAGCUGUUAGAUGUUAUCAAUAAUGCACAAAACAACAUGCGGAAGCUGGUUGCGGGCAACAAUGUUGAGAAGGCAGCUGAUAUGGCCAUUACAAUUCUCUCCGUUAUUGAUUACAACGAGAAACUUAAGAAAGACGAAUCGGUAAGAUCAGAACAAAAGUCAUUCUCCUCACUGUCCCAUAUAAAAUUCUUACGGUGUUAAUUUGGAGAAUUUCGGUUUUGAAUCAACUUCUAAUCCCCUAGUGACAUAUUUUUUUUAUUCCUAUCAAUUUUCUGCUUGAUGUUGAAUUGGAAUUGUAAGGAGAAAUUAUGUCUCUCGGUCACUCAUGAAAGUUAAACGGAUAUCCAGCUUCGACUUUUGUAUGAUGAUUUAAAAUAGAUUUGGUUUGUCAUUUGCUGCCAAAAGCUCUCAAUACUUUGCUUGCGAUUGACACUUAGAAUGGUAAUCUCUCUCACUUUACACUGGUUAAAGGCAACACAUUUCCUUGAAAAAUAUCCUUAUGAUUGCAGUUUAAGGACUCUCUGCUAAAUAUCAUGUCUGGAGUAAAAGUUGACAAGAUCAAUCUGGUCACCAAGAUUGCCGUUAUUACGGCCUACUCAACCAAACGGGUUGACCAAUCCUUGCCCCAGAACUCACAGGUAAGUCAAGGAUUAAGUAUUCGUUACUGAAUUGGUGGACCGUUUGCUGUACGAACUGACAGCCAAUGACAAGAAACCGUUAUCCUAGUAAGAUAGUUCAGCAAUUGGUUUUUAUUCAUUUUAUGGUAUUUCAAUGAUAUAUUUGGGAAAAAGAGUUUUGGUCGCAGAGGUUUGUCUAUUUCCUUACUUCGUGAAGCUUUUAAAAGGCGCCUUUUUCGUAUUUUGAGACUUAUCAAAAGCUCUUUGCAACCCUUAGAUUCUUCUUGGUAAAAUAAUCGCCUUUCCAUGAGCGAGAACCAAGUGUCCCCAACAACGAAUUCCUCUAGUCAGAUAAGGGCCCCCACAAGACCUAGAUGAGUAGAAGAUGAUUCGCUGCUUUGAUUUUUUUCCGAAGGAGGAUGCAUUGACCUUAAUAAGAAAAACAACUACAUUCUUGCAAAAUAUUAACACCAGUGCUAUUAAAGAUCUGAAGGUCAUUGGAGAGAUAGGCGAAAACAUAUUAACAGGGAUUGGAAAUGUUCUGACGUCUUCUUCUAAGGAUGUCGAUAUAGACUCUCCGAAUAAGGAUCCUAAUUUUGAUGUGAAAAAGGUGAGUAUAGUUUGCUUUUUUGCAGAGCAUAAUAGGUUGAAAAUAUCUGUUUCUAAGUAUCUACAGUAUCGUUGGUUUCAUUUUUUCAUAGUACCCAAUAAACCCACUAGGGCUUAUUACCUUGACAUUCAUAUUAAGAUUUAGCAUGCAUCUUAUCUAAUUUUUUCAAAUCUAAUCUGAUCUAAUCUUCCAUCGAUAAAUACCCUGUUUGCUACGUCAUUUGUAUUCGAAGAAGUGUAGUUUUCUCUUUUCUCCCACCGCUGGCUACGCCUUAUCCUAACGACCACUAAAGUCAGUGAGUGAAAAUAUUCGUGAUGGGAAGAUCUAUUUCCAGCCAGCUUCUGAUCAAAGUCUAUGACAUUAAGCACUAUCUCCUUUCUCUUGUACAGGGCAGAAAAAUCACCUCAGAAUGUGUGGAACUGGUAAACACUAUCACUGCUGAAGAGGAAUUCUGUGCAAAUCCUACAAUUAUCAGUACACCUUAUAUCAAUCUUACAGCUUGCAUUGAAAAAGCCACUGAAAUGAAAGUAAGCAAGCUGCUUAAGGGUGAAAGUGGAGUCAAGCUACCCGAUGCCAAGGAUCUGUUCCCGCCUGAUCUCUUGGACGAAAACACCGUGGUGGAUGUUAAGGUGAGGGACAAAUAUAGCUCGAACUAGCCAUGAAGUGCUUUGAUAAAUUCAGUUCCAAGACUGGAAGGAAUGAGGAAGAUGUAAUUACAUCCUCUUGUUAAUGGCGUCAUGUAUUGGUGUUGUUGGGGAGGAGUAUUCUAAGUCCCAAUUAGACAGACGUUCAAUUCCUUGUUGAGCAUUAGAAAGAUAUAUUGGUCUUUCACUUACAUGUUCAUUUCAUUUUUCUUAGUUUGAGUUACGUGUGUUAAUGAUUAAGAGUUAACUCAUCUGUUGUCUUCCUGCUUCUGCUCUCGCGUCUGUUUGUGUCUUCUCCGACAUCGAGGACGACGGAAAUGUUUUGAUCACUCAGAUAAAUUCAUUUCUUCUGUUUCAGCUUGUGUCGUUUAAAAAAAAUCCUUACACAUGGCACCCUAAGUCCAGAAGUAUUAAAUCAUCCGUGCUUGAUGUUACCUUAAAGAACGUCACAUCUGGGAAAGCACUUCACGUGGAGGGUCUCAGCAAACCUGUAGAAAUGUUUAUCAAAAACUGGCACCGGGAAAGAGAUGAAAUCAAGCCGAAAGAGACGUUCUUUGUAAAACCAAGCCCUCCAAAAUCGAUAAAGAACAUGCGAUUUCACAAAAUCGUUCUUCCAUAUGGCGAUGCUGAUGCAAAUAUUCGAAUUGUGCCAUCAAGAAACGAAAAACUCGAAAUUUACAUCAGGUACAAAGUGAGACCAACACCGGCAGAAAAUAACUUUCAAACAGUUGUCCCAAAUUUCUCCUCAUGCUUAAGCUACUCGGAAGAGAAUGGUUUCUCUGACUGUCUCUCUGAUCCUUAUUUGUUUACCAUUUCACCCUCGAUCACCGGACAUAUGGGUACUCACUUUAUUGGUAUACGGUACACCCCACAACUCCCUGAGAUGAACAAUACUCAAAGUAGAACACGCGUCAAGAGAUCGUGCCGUGGGGCUAACGGUCGCCAGAAACGGUCAUGUGUCGAAGUGAAGCCGCCUCCACUCCCCGAAAAUAUUCUAAAGCUACAAUUUCAGAAUAAUUCCGACGUGCAGUAUGAUCUGUUCAUCACCAUGGGCCUGUGCAUGUACUGGUCCCCUAAAGACGACGAGUGGACCAAUAGAGGAUGUAAGGUAGGAAUACCGGCAAUCUUUUGGCAUAGAUAAAAUUUGGCCUGCUUGUAGUUAAUCGAAAAAAAGAAGAACUUGAUUAAAGGUAGGCCUCGUACAUUAAGUUCCUUUCCAGGCACAGAUUUAUCAUUGACAGUAUUAAAUUAUGCAUUUGCCAUCGCUCGGGAAUAUCCUUUGCAUAUGGCUUUGAAAACUUUUAAGUAAGACUGAGUACAUCAGCAGGUUAAAUCCUCCUGAAACAAAAUCUUACUAAAAAAAAUUGUUUUGCUCAUUGGUUUCGUUUUCCUUCGGAAAGGUCGGACCUAAGGCCACACCUGGAAAACUUCAAUGUCUCUGCACACACCUGUCGGCUUUUGGAGGUGACCUGUUCGUGGCCCCAAACCCAAUAGAUUUUGACAAAGUUAUGUCGGAGUUUGGAAACCUUGCAGCAAGCGGGAACUUCGUUGUUUUGGCAUUUGUCUGCGUGAUAUUUGGAUUGUACGCAACUGGUCUGAUUAUCGCCCGAAGAGCUGACAAGAUAGACAAAUUUGAGGUAGAUGUAUUUUCUAUUGUAGUUUCCCUUAGUAUGUCGUCUGAAAAAAGGGAAGCCGAGUAUCACAAGCUGAGAGUAGAGAGUUGAUUAGCUCUCUUUAAAUGACAGAGACGAGUAAGUGUCAGCUGAAAAAACUCAUAGAUCUAUGAAAGGAACAACUUAUGUUUACUGAGUAGUAAAUACGGUAAAUAUAAAAUAUAAAAUAGAGUAGUUGAUUUUUACCUCAGAUUGCACCAAACAUCCAUGUGAUAAUAGGACAAGACUGCGCCUUCACAUACGACAUCUCGAUUCAAACAGGGAUUUGGAGGGACUGCGGAACUACAGCGAACGUGGCAAUCAUCCUAUUUGGCGAGAAUGGAUGUACGCCUCCUAUACUCUUAACACACCGUCAGCUGGGAAAGAGAUUUUUCGCUAGAGGUAGCGUCAAUACAUUCACAAUUCAUCUCCAAGAAUCGCUUGGGUCUUUGUACAAAAUCAAAAUCUGGCAUGACAAUUCUGGAGAAAACCCGGCUUGGUUUUUUCACCAAGUCUUGGUUACUUGUAAUUCCACAAACGAAAAGUGGUAUUUUCUAGGAAACCAGUGGCUUGCUGUGGAAAAAGGAGAUGGGAAAAUUGAAGUCGACAUCAUUUCUGCAGGAGAAAGUGAAUCUUUGUCCUUUAGUAACUUGUUCUAUUUCAGAGGUGCGAAAACCCUAAGUGAGAAGCACCUCUGGUUAUCAUUGUUCACCAAAGCUCCGCACAGUACUUUCACCCGCUGUCAACGUCUUUCAUGCUGCCUGUCAAUCUUGUUUGCAACCAUGGUCGCCAAUGCGAUGUUUUACCAGCAAAGCACAAGUAACGUCGAUGCCUUUCGCGUCGGUCCUAUUAAUCUAUCCUGGUCUCAAAUUAAAAUAGGCGUUCAAAGUGGGCUCGUCUCAAUUCCUGUGAAUGUCCUUGUCGUUGCUAUUUUUAGGAAUAUCAGACCAUCUGGCCUGAUAGACAGCGGAAAUAGUCAAGACGGAGAGGAAGAAGAGGAGCAAGCGAAUGGUUGUUUCCCUCAUUUUUGUGUUUACAUUGGCUGGGCAUUAUGUCUGAUGGCGUCAUUGGUGUCAGCAGCUUUUGUUGUGUUCUACAGUCUCAUGUGGGGUAAAACGGUAGCCAAUCAGUGGCUCACCUCGGUAAUGAUUUCCUUUUUCCAGGACGUUAUAGUGAUUCAGCCAGUGAAGGUGGUUAUAAUUGUUUCACUCUUAUCACUCAUCGUUAAAAAACCAAUCAAAAAUGAUGAAAUACGUGGACAAGGUCACUCCGAUCAAAGCAUAGACAAUAGUUUAACUUCUUCUCCACCAGGAAACGAGGAAUUAAACAAAAUGCGCUCAGUGAGAAUUUUGAAAAGGAGACUUGCGAAGACACUGAUAGAAAUUGGUACAUGUGUCGCUUUCUUGCUUCUUCUUGUCAUUGUUUGUUAUGGAAACCGUGACAGUAACAGAUUUCGAUUCACCACGGCGGUGAAACAUGUCUUCCCCAACUUCGAGAAGGUUUGUAUGAAAGUGUCUUCUCAGUUAUUUCCUCUUUCGUUUACGAAGUGUUUGGUAAAUCCUAAAUGAUUUUUGUAUCGCUAUGAUGACAUCUGUUAGCUGUGCUCAACCUUCCAGCUUCAUUUAUGACAUAAUUAACAUAAGUCGUUAACCUCCGCCAGAUAGCAAAUUGCACUUAAAAAUCGUGUUUUUUUUUCAAUGCAAUGUUUCCCAAAAUUACAGACAAAUCGUGCAAAUAGAGAGGCUAACUGCUCUCGUACACAUUCAUUCCUUGUAAAAAAAUUUAACGCAAAUAUAUCGAUGAUUAAGCUAAAAUUAACAACCCAUGGCUACGGUAUUUUCUGUGACUGACAGGUGCACAACAUUACGUCAUUCUGGACUUGGACGAGGAAAAACUUAUUAUCAGGCCUUUUUGACGUUAAAUGGUACAACGGAAUGGCGUUUUCGUACAAGGAAGGAUUUAUCAGAAACCGAGAAGCUUUUAUGAUAGGAAUGCCAAGACUAAGACAAAAGAGAAUUAAAGAAGGUGAGAGAAUAGACGAAAAAAGCAUUAAAGGUUCUAUACUAAUGUCAGCAAGAUUACGUUCUUUUAAAAAAAAUUUCCGUGUUACCGAUAAUUUUUACCUAUUACUUGUAAUUUUUCAUCGAUGUACUUAUGGAAAAAGGAGAGUUGACAACUGUGUUUAGCCUUUCCUUAAGCCUUGUCAAUAAGCAUGAUGUCUAGUAAAAUCAAUUUUCGACAAAAAGACAUAAACUUGAAACGUUUUUUUUUAUUGAUUCAUCAAUAUUUAUCAUUUUUGAACUUAUUAUGUCGUUCAGAUCCGACUUGUAAAGCUUUUCACAAUGAAGCAGAACUUGUCCGGCGUUUUUCAAGAUGUAUUCCACAUUACAGCACAGAAACCGAAGACAAAACCAAAUAUCACCUGCGAGGAUGGAUUCCAGUCGACGAUUUUGAAGUAUUCCAACAUCAGUUUGAAAAGUUCUAUCUUUGUCCUAGACCCUGGCGUUAUGAAACAGCCGAACAGCUGGGAACAUUAUCAUUUCAGGGACUGAGGUCAACAUAUUCGGGGGGCGGUUACAUUGCCGACCUUGGCUACAAUACCGAUGACGCACUACAGGUGAUUGACAACUUGGAGAUGAAUGACUGGAUUGAUGACAUGACGGCCGCUGUUUUCGUAGAAUUUAACAUUUACCAGCCCACCACUUCACUGUUCAGUGCUGUGAAGUUUCUGUUUGAGAGAUUUCCUAACGGGGGAACGAACACCAUUAUCAGGGUCAAAACUUUGACGAUUUAUUCGCCAAAAGAUCGGUUUUUUCGAGUUAUUUACGAGACAUCUCAGUUACUUUUUAUGAUCCUUCUUCUCUUCUGUGUGGGCGCCGAAAUUGGCAAAGUGUAUCAGCAAGGUUAUAAAUACUUCAAGAACCCAUGGAGUUGGCUAGAAAUUAUUCUUUUGUUGAGCUCAGUUGGGUCGCAGACCAUGUUUUUCCUAAAAGAAUCUUACACAAGCAAAUUCGUAACAAAGGUACAGGAAAACCCAUUUCAAAGCUGGAGCAUGGACAACAUUUCAUUGUGGUCAGACCUAGAAGUGACACUGUUAGCAUUUGUUGUAUUUCUAAUAACUAUGAAACUUUUGAGAAUAAUUCGCUUCAAUCCCCAUAUUAUUCAAAUGAGAAUGACGCUCAUCAGUGCCUCGAAACAUUUUACAUCCUUCACCUUGGUUUUUUUAACGAUGAUAAUCUCUUACGUUACGCUCACGACAUUAACCUUUGGUAGUAACGUAUAUGAAUACCGUUCGUUCACGAAAUCAUUUAGCACCAUACUGCUGAUGCUUAUAGGUGCCAAGGCUCCCUUCCACGAACUUCGAAGAAUCAACAUCGUUAUUGGACCAUUUUUCGUAUUUGCUUACAUGGUAACCAUUGUCAUGAUCUUCUUGAAUAUGUUUUUGGCUAUACUUAAUGAUGCAUACACGGAAUCUCGUAAACUCGGACAUGAGGGCAGCGGAGACCUAGAGGUAUUUAAACUAAUGAAACUGAAAGCUAAGAAAUUUUCUAAGAAGACAAGAGUGGCAGUGAUCAAAGUUCUUGAAGCGAUACCGCAGUUACUGUGGCAGAGGCGGUCAGAAACUGCCGUUGCGUUUGAAAAAGAGGCUUUUGUGUCCAGCUCAUGGGAAGAAAGGAAUGACAUCUUUGGAUUUCAUGAAGACAAUAAUCCCUCUCUCACUGAUAUAAUAGCUUUAUUAAGUGAAAUAAAGCAUGACAUCAGCGAUUCUAUUCUCUCCAUCGAUGACAUCGUUCCCAGGGUGACGAUUGAUCGCGACAGCGAAAGUACAAGGUCUUGUCGACCCGACAGCUCGUCGGAUUCAUUUGACUUUCAUUCGUGUUCCUCCAACUCGUUAUUUACCUCUGAAUCAGAAAGCGAAAUUGCAAAGCUAGAAAAUCUUAUCGACUUAGGAGACGAAGGCGACUUUUUUCAUAGUGACUCUUUCAUCAUGGACAAAUGGUAUCACAGAAAUGCUGAAGUAGGAGAAACAUUCGUGUAG